AUGGGGCAUUUCAUCAGAAGAGAAGAUGAUGAACAUGAAGAUGUUAGUAGUGAUACAGAUAUGGAGUUGGAAACAGUUGAGAGAGAAUUUGCAGAUGAGGAGGCGUAUUGUGCCAUAUUUGACAUCGGGUACAUUAAAACAGUGACUGAAAAAGGCAGCAUGGAAAAAACAUUAACCGGAGGGCUGAAAAAGUUUCCUGAUAGUAAAAUAUUGAUAGAAAUGAUGACAUUGAUGAGAAUGUUGUUUAAUGAUGGCGCGAGUAAUGAAAAUGCAAUUGAAAAUGAAAGUGAUGGCAUUGAUGAGGACACAAACACAGAUGAAAACAUGUUACAGAAAAACGCACAACAUGAAAUUUUUGGACAAGCUUCAGGGUCAAAUAAAAGUCCCGUUACACCAUCCGGGAUAAAAGAGAAUGUAUAA